AUGUCGUCAUCCUUGGCAUCCCGACAAGGGAUUCUUCGUCGAUCUAUCAACCGACUGUCGUCUCUGUUGCACGACCACAGGGAUCUUCUCGCACAAAGACUGGGCUCAGGACAAGAACCAGGGGCAGAAGAUCGGAAAAAACUUCUGAGAACAGUCAAGCGAGCCGAGACAGCAAUCCACCUAGAGAGAGAAAGACUCGAAAGCGCAUUAGAUAAAUAUACCAGUACAGCCGACAAUUUGGACGCAAACGUGCAAAUACCGUCGGAUACUCUAGGGAAAGUUGAAACAAACGUCGAAGCAGCACAUGAGCUCCUGGACGAAGCUCUGGCGGCACUUACGACGUUUACAGUCCUUCAGCAGGAACUGGGAUCUUUGGAAGUGACCCACCCCUCGGAAACGCCUGAUACCUCAUGCAUCUCAAUCAUGAAACUAGCACUGAUACCAGUUCCCAAAUUUAGGGGCGAAAUUUGGGAGUGGGAAACGUUCUGGAAGAGCUUCGAGCACAGUGGUGACUCAAAGAACAUUGAUGAUAUCUACAAACUGAACUACCUUUUGGACUCACUACAAGGAAGGGUUAGAGAAUCUGUGAAGCACUUCGAAGUAUCAGGAGCGGCAUAUCCUUUGGUGGUCGCAUACCUCAAAAACAAAUAUGACGACAAGGAAGCCCUGAUAGAAAGGCUCCUCACAAUCCUCAAUUCGCGCGCGCCCAUACAAACGGCUAGAGGACCAAGAAGCGUUCUGCGAAGAACUGCAGUCUAUCGUAUCACAGCUUAA